AGUGCUAGAGGUUGGAUUAAUUUUGAAAAAUGAGUUUCGGUUGAUUGGUGACAGAAAGAAGUGCAAAGAAUUCGGAGUAAGAAACCACCCCAGCAGUGUGAAUGUGUAGUGGGAGGGGCAGGCGGCUUGGGUAUGGGACAGGAUGCUUAGAAUAAUUCUGCUGCCAAGUGAAUCAGAGAGGCUUGCAGUUCUCGGCGAGCACAGAGCUCACUUCUGCCCAGAGCUCGGACACGGCCAGAAAUCACCAUUUCAUACUCGGCAGAAUGGAACUUCCAGCAGCCCAAGCCCCGAGUGCCGUAGACGUGUCUGAGAUCGAAAUAAAGAAAGACAUGAAGAAAGACCCUCUCUCCAGCAAAGCUCCGGAAAAGCCCAUGCAGGAAGUGUCCAGUGGAAACUCUUUGCUGUCUUCUGAAACCAUUUUAAGAACUAAUAAGAGAGGCGAGCGACGGAGACGCCGGUGUCAGGUGGCGUUCAGCUACCUGCCGCAGAAUGAUGAUGAGCUUGAGCUGAAAGUCGGAGACAUCAUAGAGGUGGUAGGAGAGGUGGAAGAAGGAUGGUGGGAAGGUGUUCUCAAUGGGAAGACUGGAAUGUUUCCUUCCAACUUCAUCAAGGAGCUGUCGGGCGAGUCGGAUGAGCUUGGCAUCUCCCAGGAUGAGCAACUGUCCAAGUCAAGGCCUGAAGGUCUCCCUCCAGCUUCUCUGCUGCCCUUUCCAGCUCACGGAGCAAAAGGAAAGACUACCUUUGAAGGGACAAUUCUGUACCGAGCUGCGCCGGGAAAGACGGAGGGCCACAGACGCUAUUACAGUUUAAGGGAAACGACAGGCUCCGAGAGUGAUGGGGGUGACUCGAGCAGUACCAAAUCGGAAGGUGCCAAUGGGACGGUAGCAACUGCAGCCAUCCAACCCAAGAAAGUUAAGGGAGUGGGCUUUGGAGAUAUUUUCAAAGACAAGCCAAUCAAACUAAGACCAAGGUCAAUUGAAGUAGAAAACGACUUCCUGCCAGUGGAAAAGACUAUCGGGAAGAAGUUACCUCCAACUGCAGCAACUCCAGACUCCUCGAAAACUGAAAUGGACAGCAGGACAAAGACCAAGGAUUACUGCAAAGUAAUAUUUCCAUAUGAGGCGCAGAAUGAUGAUGAAUUGACAAUCAAAGAAGGGGAUAUAGUCACGCUCAUCAACAAGGACUGCAUCGACGUAGGCUGGUGGGAAGGAGAGCUCAACGGCAGACGCGGAGUGUUCCCUGAUAACUUUGUGAAACUGCUUCCACCGGACUUUGACAAGGAAGGGAAUAGACCCAAGAAGCCACCGCCUCCAUCCGCUCCUGUCAUCAAAGCAGGGGCAGGUACCACCGAGAGAAAACAUGAAAUUAAAAAGAUACCUCCUGAAAGACCAGAAACACUUCCAAACAGAACAGAAGAAAAAGACAGACCAGAGAGGGAGCAAAAACUGGACUUACAGAAGCCCUCCGUUCCUGCCAUCCCACCAAAAAAGCCUCGGCCACCUAAGACCAAUUCUCUGAGCAGACCUGGCGCACUGCCCCCGAGAAGGCCCGAGCGACCAGUGGGCCCACUGACACACACCAGGGGUGACGGUGCAAAGAUUGAUCUGGUGGGCAGUGCGCUCUCCGGCAUCCUGGACAAGGAGCUCUCAGACCGCAGCAAUGAUAUUGACCUAGAAGGUUUUGACUCCGUGGUGUCAUCGACUGAGAAACUCAGCCACCCAACCACAAGCAGACCAAAAGCGACGGGGAGGCGGCCUCCGUCCCAGUCUCUCACAUCUUCCUCCCUUUCAAGCCCUGAUAUCUUCGACUCCCCAAGUCCCGAAGAAGAUAAAGAGGAACACAUUUCACUUGCACACAGAGGAGUGGAUGCGUCAAAGAAAACUUCCAAGACUGUUGCCAUAUCCCAAGUGUCCGACAGCAAAGCGUCCCUGCCGCCCAAGCCAGGGACCAUGGCAGCAGGAGGUGGAGGGCCAGCCCCUCUGUCCUCGGCGGCACCCUCUGCCCUGUCGUCCUCUUUGGGAACAGCUGGACACAGAGCCAACUCCCCAUCUCUGUUCGGCAUGGAAGGAAAACCAAAGAUGGAGCCCGCGGGCAGCGGCCAGGCCGCCGUGGAGGAGCUGAGGACACAGGUCCGCGAGCUGAGGAGCAUCAUUGAGACCAUGAAGGACCAGCAGAAACGAGAGAUUAAGCAGUUAUUGUCGGAGCUGGACGAAGAGAAGAAAAUCCGGCUUCGGUUGGAGAUGGAAGUGAAUGACAUAAAGAAAGCUCUUCAAUCAAAAUGAAUACUUGAUAAGUGAGAUGUCACAUUAUUCAUCCUGAGUCGAAGACUCAAAUUUUCUGCCCCAGCCAAAAUAAUCUUGUGCCAAAAGAUCAAAGGUUUGCCUCAACAUGUCCCUGUUCGAAAGAUGAGCACAGAAAUCCUGACAGCACAACACAAAUCCCACCCAAGAGGAGAAUCUUCGCUGGCGUAGUCCUGGCUCUGGCACUGGUUGUGACUUAAGCAGAACAAGUUGUGCUACAGGCUUUUCUACUUGGAGAUCUCAUGUGACACGAAAACUCAGGCAGUUUAGUCCAUAGUGGUACUAUUUUGAUGAUAUUUUCCAUUAAUAAAAUGUAAUUUCAGAUUAUUCGUUUACAAGCUUUAUAAUUUUAUGAUUUUUUAAAAUUGUGUUUUGUCACAGACCCCCUUAGUGUGUGUACCACACACAGGCAGGAGCGAGCGGCCUCGCUUUGUGUGCCCUUUUAGCAUUCUAUUACAUAUGCAAUUGUAGACCCCAGCUGUCCCCCUCCCCCUGCCAGCAAACCCCACCACCCUAAGAGAAAUGGGAGCUUCUAGACGAUGUGAUAUUGACAGAGAAAGAGAAAAUCUGGUAUUUGCAAUGAUCUGUGCCUUCUUUCUACCACCCUCUUGAUUGGAGCUUUUGUGAUGCAGCUACCAUGAUUUAAAAAGAAAAAAAAAAAAAAGAAAAAAAAGAAAUAAGUAAAUAAAAAUGGCCACUCACCCAAGUCCACUAGAGGCCGCUGUCUUCAGAGCUUCUCUCGCUCUGGCCAAAGGUGCGAAGAGACAGCUGUGAGGCUGGGAAUGCUCUGUGGAGCCGGCCGUGACUUUGCAGUUUCUCCUAGUUUUAGGUUGCUCAUGAAACUAGAAAUGUCCUCUCUGCUUGAUUUUUUUUUUCAUCAGCCAAGUUGGACCCUUGCUUCCUGUCCUUUGCACCUUUUGUGUGAACAGAAUAUGCAUUAUUAAAGCAAAAAUAAAUAAAAGCAAAAUGCAAAUGAAAACAA